AUGAAGGAAAUUCUAUUAUCAAAUUGUGAAAAAAAUUUUGUAAAUAAAUCAGUCGAACAAGGAAUACGAUUAGAUGGUAGAAGUUUAUUGGAAGCACGACCUGUUAAAAUUUAUUUUGCAUCUAAUUGGGGUAGUUGUAUGGUUUUGCUUGGUCAAACGAGAGUUAUAGCACAAGUAACUUGUGAUAUUCAACAACCGAAGACUUCUCGUCCUAAUGAAGGAAUGUUACAUAUAAAUGUUGAACUUAAUCCAAUGGCUGCACAACAUUUUGAUAGUGGUAGACAAUCUGAAAUUUCAAUAUUAAUUAGCAGACAACUUGAAAAAUGUUAUCAAGAUUCCAAAUGUAUAGAUCUAGAAUCUUUGUGUAUUAUAGCUGAUAAAAAGGUAUGGAAUUUGAGAGUUGAUAUUAAUGUUAUUAAUCAUGGGAAUUUAAUUGAUUGUGCUUCCAUUGCAACAUUAGCUGCUCUCUCACAUUUUCAUAGACCUGAUGUAACUUCAAAUGGUGAAGAUAUUAUUGUUCAUCCAUUUUCUGAAAAGGAUCCUUUACCUUUAACAUUAUACCAUUAUCCUGUAUGCGUCUCAUUUAUAACAUUUGAAAGUGGAAAUACAGUUAUGGAUCCAACAUAUUUAGAAGAAAGAAUUGGAGUAGCUCAACUUACUCUUGGUAUAAAUUCAUAUAGAGAACUUUGUAGUUUACAUUUUAAUUAUUUAACAAAAACUAUGACUGUAGAAGACGUAAUAUCAGCAGUUUCCAGUUAUGCAACAAAUUAUGCUGUUCAAUUAGUGCAGCAGAUUAAAGAAACAGUCUUUAGUGAUAUAAAUGCAAGGUAUAAAAAAGAUAAUCGAAAUAUAAAUCGUUUUAAAGAAUGUAUAACAACUAAAAAAUUGACUACAAUGAAUAGAGAAUGUAUUAGUAUCAAAUUACGUAAAUGGGAUGAGAUAGAAAAAUUGGAAUCUGAUGUUAACAUGGAAAAAGAGAUUACUGAGAAUUGUACAAUUUUAAAACCUGGAGAAGGUUCUGCUGAAUUAAUAACAGAUACAAGUACAUCAUUUGGUGAAGGUGGACCUAAUACAUGGAAUGUAUCAGAAUCUUCAGAAGGAGAAGUAAGUGAUAUUGAAAUCACUGAUGAAAUAAAAAAAGAAGAAAAUAAAAUUAUAGACAAUAUAGAGAUAAAUGAAAGUAGUGAAGAAGAAACUAUUGAAAUGUUAAAUAAAGAAGAUUUAAUGCAAUGACUGAAAAAAUAAUAUAUAAAAAUAUAAUAUACAUUUUUAUUAAAUAAUAAAAGACUUCAGUGAGUGUAGUCAAAGUUUUAUAUCAUUACAAAUUUUUAUUACUUGUUUUCAAAUGAAUUUGUAAAUGUCAU